AGUUGACAGGACUAGAUCUUCAAUGAAUCGAAUAUCUAUUCACCUGUCAUUUUAAUGCCCGAUAGUCAAUAAAGUGAAUUGCGAGAUGACUGUCAGGAAUGUGCAAUAUUUUGCUUUUUUUGUCUUCUGCUGGAUGCUCACACCAGUUUGCUGGGGUGCCAAGGGGAUAUACGCCCAGAAACUGCUCAAUGAUUUAUUUAGCAACUACACAAGUGCACUGAGGCCAGUGGAGGACACAGAAGACAUCCUUAAUGUCACACUACAGAUCACCCUCUCUCAAAUCAUUGACAUGGAUGAGCGUAACCAGAUUCUGACGGCGUAUUUGUGGAUACGACAGGUGUGGGUUGACAAAUAUCUCACCUGGAAUAAGGAUAGCUAUGAUGGGCUUGAUACCAUCCGUAUACCUGGUAGUUAUGUAUGGAGACCUGAUAUAGUCCUAUAUAACAACGCUGAUGAUCAAUUCACCAGCACUAUGGACACCAAUGUGGUGAUACGCCAUGACGGCCAGAUCAUGUGGGAUGCUCCAGCCAUCACAAAAAGCUCCUGUAAAGUGGAUGUCUCGUUCUUCCCCUUUGACGCCCAGCAGUGCCGACUGACCUACGGGUCUUGGACUUACAACGGCAACCAGCUUAACAUUUUGAACGCCAUGGAGAGUGCGGAUCUCGCCGACUUGGUCAACAAUGUGGAAUGGGAGGUGCUGGGAAUGCCGGCCAAGAGAAACGUCAUUCUGUACGGCUGCUGUGCAGACCCUUAUCCGGAUGUGACAUACACUCUGAAACUGAAGAGAAGGGCCUCGUUUUAUGUGUUCAACUUGCUCAUUCCCUGCGUGAUGAUCUCAUUCUUGGCUCCGCUGGGCUUCUAUCUACCUGCAGACUCUGGGGAGAAAGUGUCCCUGGGUGUUACUGUGAUGCUGGCGCUCACCGUGUUUCAGCUGCUGGUGGCUGAGAUCAUGCCUCCCUCUGAGAAUGUACCUCUUAUAGGAAAGUAUUACAUAGCUACGAUGACCAUGAUCACUGCAUCCACCGCCCUCACCAUCUUUAUUAUGAACAUACAUCACUGUGGCCCAGAGGCCAAACCCGUCCCAGACUGGGCCAAGAAAUUCAUUCUGCAAUAUCUGGCCAGGAUUUGCUUCGUCUACGAAGUCGGUGAAAACUGCAUGACGCCGCAACCAGAGAAACCAGACCCUCAACCGCAGAAGCCGCCCGACUCCAACUGCAACAUGAAUGGGCAAGCUGGGAAAGAUGACUUUGUGUUCAAAUUUGAGAGGGGUCAAGAUGCCACAUCUCCAAAACUUGCCGAGGACACAGAAGACAUGUCUCAGAUUAUGAGCCCGGCGUGCUCGUUGGGAAUUCACCCCACCUGUCGCUAUGGCGUGUGGAAGGAGGGGAUGUUCAUGAGCAUGGAUUGCGGGGAUGGGGUAGCAGAGGUGGGAAAAGCCACAGGAAGAGGAGGGGAAGGAUGCAGAGAUCAUGAUGGUGGGUUCAAACCGCAGUGCAAGUGUGAGCAGCAGCAUCUCUUGAGGAAUAUCGAGUAUGUCGCAAACUGUUAUCGUGAUCAGAGAGCUACGGCGAGAAGAACGGGAGAGUGGAAAAAGGUUGCCAAGGUUCUGGAUCGAUUCUUCAUGUGGCUGUUUUUCAUUAUGGUUUUCUUCAUGAGCCUGCUCAUAAUGGGGAAAGCCAUAUAACAGCAGAAGUGUUUGUGAUUGAAAGAAGGACACAAGCUUUUCACAAAACAAACCCAGACAGAAUGAUCAAAAUGAAAACAUUUGACGACAAUGAUACACUGGUCAAAAGUAUGUAAUAAUUAAUAAAGAAAUUACUUUCAAAUACAUUAGAAA